AUACCAUGUAUUACCACCAUGGUAACUAACCAUACACCAUACACACAUUACCACCAUGUUAUCUUACAAAAGCUCCCAUUAUGCAGGCUGAGAAUGCAAUCAAACUGCUUGAAGCAUCAAUGAAGGCAAUGAUGAAAGCAAUCAAAGACCAGUACAAAAGCCAAAUUGACAAUCUGAUCAGACACAAGGAGAAUCUUGCGAAAGAAAGCUGUGAUGAAAAUGUUCAGCCAACAGAAGGAGAAAAAUUUCAGUGUGAAGAUGAUGAAGAAGAGAAUGAUGAAGAAAUGAAUGCCAGUUUGAAUAAAACACUCAAUGAAAUAUUCAAACAGGCAAAGAUAGACCAGAACAAAGAGGAGAACGAGGAGCAAACACAGAAAGAAGAUGAUUCACAACCAUCUACAGUCGAUCUUGCUGCAUCUACACCGAAGCCAAAAGAAAAGGAGCAAGAUGAUUCUGAUCCAGGAGCUGUGAAUAGGGAAAGCAUCCAAAAAGAAGGAGGUCCACUGGGGGAAGUUGCAACAGAACCACCAGAACAAUCUGUUCAAGAAGGUCUGAAUCAGGGAACACCACAACAAGAGGACACCCCGAAAGCAGUUCCAGAACAGACAUCUGCAAAAGAAACAGGAGAAAAAGGAGCUACCAAAACAGCAGAUCCAAUGGAAGUUGAUAAGGAAACAACAGAAGAAGGGAAUACAGGGCAAGCUGCGCAAAAGACUCCAGAAACUGACAGCGAGAAAACGGUGUCAGAUGAUGUUGUUCGAGAAGAGGCUCCAAAACUGACAACCGAAGUUGCUGAAAAGCCUAAAGUGACAAGGGAAGACGACAUUCCAUCCUUUGAUCUCAGCCCUCUCAACCGUCAAACACCAACAACACCAACGAAGUUGACUACCAACACGGCAACCGAUCAACCAGGAGAGCCUCGCAAAAGAAGAAUCGUGGUGAAGAAUUUGAAUGUAUAUGAAAAGAAGGCAAGAACAACACCACCACCAGCACAGCCACAAAGCACCCAGUCACAGACGGCGUCAUAUGCUAUAUGGUCAAAUCUGUACACAAAUAGCCAAGAGAAGCUCAAGGAAGUCCGUGAAUGCAUAGAUGCUUACCUAGAGGACCUGAAUUCUCCAACUGUCGAACCAGUUGCUCCACAAUCACAAAAAUCACCAGUUGAAUGGUCAACACCAACACAAACAACACCUGAUGAUAUGUUCAGCAACAUCCUGGAGUACAUAAGAUGCAAAAACAAGAAAUUUUUCAAGAGGUAAGUAGUCAUCAUCUUAAAACUUCUACUGUUAUAUGAUUUUACUGUAGUGAUCUAGUUUGUUACCAUAUGGUAAAAUAUGGUAAGAUAUGGUAAAAUUAGAUAAAUCUAUGGUUUAAUGUUACAAAAUGUAGUAAUGCACAAGUCCUGUUUUGUUUUAGUUUAAUACCAUAUGGUAUGAUGUGGUAAGCUAAGGUUUGUUGUUAAAGAAUGGAUUAAACCAUAACUCCUGUUCUAUUUUACUUAUUACCAUAUGGUAAGAUGUGGUAAGCUGGUGUGUUUUACUUAUUACCAUAUGGUAAGAUGUGGUAAGCUAUGGUUUUGUUGUGGUAACCUAUUGUUUGAUGUCAUAAAUUAAAGUAAACCAUCCGUCCUGUUGUGAUGUGCUUUUAUACAGUGAUGAGAUAAUGUUUAAAAGGAAGGAUGGAACAUUCUUGCUGAAAAGGGAGUCAGUACAGUUGAUUGACAUUGGCUGUGAAAUCACAUCUGAUGUCGUCGACUGGUAUGGAGAUGUAAUGAACAGGAAUGAAGCAAAAAAAGGAAAAUUCAAAAGGUGGUUCUUCGAUACAUCUUUGGCAGUAAGUAAACCCACCCAUAUUCUGUCAAUAGUUCUUAGACAACACAUAUAUAAAACACAUAAUAACAAACACAACUUUCAGGGUGACUGCCAACUGGACAUUGAUAGUGGCAAUCCUGUACUAUCUCCAGACGAUUACUACAACAAAGUGGACUUGGACAUCACCAACAAAGAAUGGGCAAAAAACCUCAGCUUCACAGAAUGUAACCUUGUAAGUAUCUCACCACAAUUUUUGCAGUGGUUACCAUAUGGUAUAUAGUGCUAAAAUUAGUUUGCAGUGGUUACCAUAUGGUAUAUAGUGCUAAAAUUAGUUUGCAGUGGUUACCAUAUGGUAUAUAGUGGUAAAAUUAGUUUGCAAUGGUUCUUAACUUACUGUUCAUCACUUAUAUGGCAACUGCUUACCAUAUGGUAUACUGUGGUAAAAUUAUUUUGCAGUGGUUCUUCCCUUACUGUAAUAACAAGCACUACAUCAUGAUUUGUGUCAACAUCAAAGCAGAGAGAUUUGAAGUACUCGACAGUCUCCGUCACAAAGAUUUUGAAGAAACCUACAAACCAAUGACAAAGAGGGUUGUCCAGUACGCAAUCAACUACAUGAAGACACAGUUUGCAGAGAAGACAGUAAGGUGGGAAAGGUUUACCUGGUUCAACCUCGAGAAGGUUACACAACCAGAUCAAAUUUCAUGUGGGAUGUACAUCAUCAGGUGGAUGAGACACUGGGAAGGUAAGUACAACAGUGCCCUGACCAAAGAUUGGAAGAGGAUUGAUCUCAUAAAUGAAGAAAGGGAGUGCCUGAUGUUUGACAUCAUUCUUGAUGAAGAAAAUCUUGAACGGGAAAGGAUCAUGAAAGAAGCAACAAAGUACUGCAACAUGAAGAACAAGAAUAAAGAGUUGAAAGGAAGGAGAUGAAAAUUCUAUUAUCGUUUGUGUUAAGUAGUAGGAGGGUAUAAGUAAGCUUUUGAGAACAAACUCACAAUGUUCAGUAGCCACUUCAUUUUAAUUAGUAGGAUGGUAUGAAACAACUUAUUAUGGUUUGUAUUAUGACUAAAUGAAAUGUUCUGUUUUUU